GCAGCCAGUACGCAUCGUGGUUCGGCCACGUGCUUCUCGUGGUUUUUAUGCUACUCUACGUCAUCGAUGUCCUCUAUUUUAAGAAAAAUAAUGUUCUAAUUAUUCAUACGAUUGAUUUAUUUCAUCGAUUAUUCGUGUUAUUUUAUUUUCUUACGUUUUUUCAUUAAAAAAUAUCGAAUGUGAUUAUACCUAUAUAUUUGAUAUUCAUGACGUUAUUUCAAGAUGUUAUUCAGAAAUAAUUGGUGGACAUUGCUCGAAGAAAUUCGGUGGAAUUCCUUUUUAAUUUCCAUAUUUACUACCGAAAUCGAUUAAUCGUCGUGACCACGUGCCUCCAAGAAUCAAUCGAUGAACUUAGUGCCGAUGAAUUAGCGGAUAACGAGAAGAUAAGUGAUUAGGAUGAAUUGAUGGUCCGUUCAAGACAUUGUCGUAGGAAGGUUCGGUGCCAGGACAUCAUGAAGCAACGAGUCCUACUCGCUUUUGCCAAUCUUAUCACUUCUUUCACUUCUUUUCUUGUAACGACCGGUGCAAAAACGUCGACGAGGCAUAGAACGCAAAGUAACAAUCAUAGCAACAUCAGUGAAUUACUCGACAAUCUUCUUCGUGGUUACGACAACAGCGUGAGACCAGAUUUUGGUGGACCACCAGCGACGGUCGAAGUUGACAUCAUGGUCCGUAGCAUGGGUCCUAUCUCCGAGGUCGACAUGACGUACUCGAUGGACUGCUAUUUUCGACAGUCAUGGGUAGAUAGACGUUUAGCGUUUCAAGGUGGGAAGGAAACACUUGCUCUCAGCAUAUCGAUGUUGGCAAGAAUUUGGAAGCCCGAUACAUAUUUUUAUAAUGGCAAACAGAGCUAUCUCCACACCAUCACUAGCCCAAACAAGUUCGUCAGACUUUAUCAGGACGGAAGGGUACUCUACAGUUCGCGACUCACGAUCAAAGCUGGAUGCCCGAUGAACCUUGAAGAUUUUCCCAUGGAUACGCAAAGAUGUCCCUUGAAAUUUGGUAGUUUUGGAUACACGACUCGCGACGUCAUCUACAAAUGGAACAGCGCGAGACAAGUCGCCAUAGCAGAGGACAUGAAGCUUUCUCAAUUCGAUUUAGUCGCAAAUCCUACUGCGAAUCACUCUACGACCCCACCCUUGUCUCAUGCGGAAUACUCGAUGCUUUUGGUAUAUUUCCACCUGCAGAGACACAUGGGUAACUUUUUAAUACAAGUUUAUGGUCCUUGCAUUCUUCUGGUAGUACUCUCUUGGGUCUCCUUUUGGUUGAACAGAGAAGCUACCGCCGAUCGAGUGUCCCUUGGUAUCACAACUGUGCUGACUAUGACCUUUUUAGGAUUGGAAGCUAGAACGGAUUUACCAAAAGUACCCUAUCCCACUGCCUUGGAUUUUUUCGUCUUUCUUUCUUUCGCCUUCAUCUUUGCCACGAUCAUUCAAUUCGCUAUAGUACACUAUUUCACUAAAUAUGGAUCGGGCGAGUGUUAUUUCAGCUCUGAUCUAAGCGACACCGAAAGCAGUUCCAGCGAAAACGAGGAAAUCUCGCGAUCACCGUCCAAGCGCGAAACGAGUCGCCGAAAGAAUUCUGGUAAUUCGAUUCCCGGAAGUAGUCAAAAUUUCACGGUGAACGAUGAUGGUUUCAUCGAGGUGAUACCCUUGUCUGCGAUUCCUGAUCGGGAACGAACUAUCGCUCAUUGGCAAUUACCCUGCAUUUCUUGUUCUCCAUCAGUGAGUCAUCCUCGUCGAGAGAGUUCUCAUCAAACAGUUUCAAUUCCGAUGCCAAUACCACAGCCUCAGCCUCAACCUCAGACUCAGCCUGAGCCUCAACCUCAGCCUAUAUCUCAGUCUCAAUCACAGGGACAGUCACAGCUUAGGAAAUCUCCCUCACCCCAAAGAGUCGGUUCUCCGAACAAAAGAAUUGCGCCGAGAAAAAGACGAAGACGGACACCGAAAUAUAACUCGGUUUCAAAGAUCGAUCGUGCCAGUCGCGUCGUUUUUCCUCUCUUUUUUCUCGCGAUAAAUGUCUUCUACUGGUACGCUUAUCUUUCUAGAAGCGAGCGUAUCAAUUAUUAUAAUUCGAAUCCCAACGGUGCGUGAUAAGAUGAGAAGGAGCCUACACUCGCUCCAAUUUUCAAUUGCUAUCGAUCUUGCAAAAGAUAUAUAAGAGAGAAUCGAAUAGUAGAAUCUCUUGGAAAAACGAUAAUGUUUUAGAAUCAAAUGCUUUACCGAAAAAUGUUCCUCUUACGAAUAUUUAUAUGUAAAUACACAUAACCCGUAAAUAUGAAUUUAUAAAUCCUAGUUGUACGUUCUUCUUUUGUUUAAAGCGAAAAUUAAUCGGAACACCUGAGCUUUCUGACCUCAAUAUGAUUUAAUCGUUGUCUCAAGUAUCCCUUUUAAAAAUAAGUGGUUGUAUAUACAUAUGUUUUUUCAAACUUUACCUCAAACGUAAGAGCCAUUAACACCAAGAAACAUGAACACAAUUCGAUCAGAAAAAAAUCGUACAAAAUCUUUAUGAUCGUAUUUCUUUUUUCAAACGUUAUUACAAAAUUAUCUAUCAUCAUAGAUUGAAUUAUCAAUCAAGCAAAGAAUUGAUUUGAUAUUAUUAAAAGCUCGCUGAAUAAUAACAUUACUUUAAUAGUGUUGCGCACAAAUAUACAUUAUAUUCGUAAUAGCAACAGGUGACCUAUCCAUUUUCUUAUGUGUAAUAGGUAUAAGUAAUGUGGUUUCGAAAGAGCUCAUAAACCUUGGCAUCCAUUGUUAAAAGCCAUAACAAACUUCCUUGACAUGUUUGCAAUGCUAUUAAGAUUAUUUUCGCCAUAGAGAAUUUUCUUUCGAACUUAAGAUUAUCGAACUAAUGCGGCUAGAGUUUGUCUCGCUCGGAAGAUGUAUACGUGUGUUGUUCAUUUAUUAUAAUCUAGACGUCUCCGCUGAAGUAUUACAUUAAAUAUUGAAUAAUCGA